AUGAAGUCUGAGUCCGAUUUUUGGAUCCCUGCUCAGUCUAGACCUCCUCCCCAUAACUAUACUCCAGGACUGAUACAUCUACUCAAGAUGGCGCUCAAAUACUCGCACACCCAUGGGGACAUUCGUCAGGCAGUGCUAUGCUAUGAAGAAGCCGUUUUGGUCAAUGUCGAGCCCUUCGACCGUAGCUGGGGUUGCGGGUAUCGAAACUUUCUUAUGGCUUGUUCAGCCUUAAUGACACAGCAGAUACAGCCUAGCUACUCGGACCUUUUGGGGGAACCCAUAAGUCCCGGAGUUCGCAACUUGCAGGAAUGGAUUGAGGCAGCCUGGCGUGAAGGAUAUGAUGCCGCGGGUGCUAAUGAUUUCAAGGACGGGUUAUCCGGAACAAAGGCGUGGAUAGGAACCGCAGAGCUGUAUACGGCUUUCACCUUCAGAGGGGUACCUUCUAAAUUAGUGGAUUUCAAGUUUGAGGAUGGACACACGGCGCAGGGUCUGGAGGAUAUGAAGAAGUGGAUAAAGGACUACUUUACAUCUAGCGCCGAGACCGCUGACUCUACUGAUGGUAUCUUGCGCUCCUCGUCACCGGUAAAAUCCACCAACAAGAUGCCCUUAAUUCUUCAGCACCGAGGGCACUCCAGGACCAUUGUUGGCUACAUGGAAACGAAGAAGAAUGAGACGUUCCUUCUGCAGUUUAACCCGUCCGACUCUCUGCCCUCGAAAGUACGAAAAACGGCACUUGACUGGCGAGACUCGUCUCUGGGAUGGGAGCCGUUCAAGAAGCCCGGUCCUCGGCUCGAGAAUUUCUUUACUCAAGCAAUGAAGCGCAAAACUCCUGUUUCGUCCCUUCCUCCGCGCAUCAAACGAAUCCGUCCAUCUUCUGGGCCUAUAGAUGAUGUCAUUAUAUUGGAUCCUUCUGAAGACGAUGGCACUUUGGACGAGGACGAGGAUGAAGAUAUUGACAUCUGCGAAAACAGGAAGACAAAGAACGGGAAGAGUAAAGAAGGGAAUGGAGGGUUGGAUUACGAGGACUUUGUUAAUUUCUUCAGGUUGAAGACACUCAGGCAUAAGGAAUUUCAGAUCUUGUCCUUUCCGAUGGACGAUCCUUGGACGCCCGAAGAACGCAAGAGUCAUAAAGUCGUCACGAGCGUUAGGAGCGGCUGAUGUAGUGCUUAAACUUUUACUAUCUGGACUUGCAUUCAAGGACUCUAUCGUAUAUACACAUCUUUGCAACAUCC